AACAACAAAUUGGAAUUAUUCAGGACCCCUCGCCAUGGCCAGCUCGAGCGGCCAAUAUAAUCCCGCUCGCCCAAAGCGCGACGGCGAUCACUUUACACGAACCCAUCACUUGGACGCUGGCGAGCCGUCAGCGAAGAAGCCCCGAUUCGACCCCCGGAACCCCUCUACGCUCGUGCAAGAUGCAGAAGAAGACGAGGAUCCGGUGCUCGAAGCAGACGUGAUCGGCAAGGGCGCAGGAGUCAAACGCAAUGCAGUCAACAUCGACGGCUAUGAUUCCGACAGCUCCACCGAAAACUUUGAUGCGCGCGCAGAGGCCAAGAACAAGCAAGUUGCGCCUCCGGAGGAUGACGAUGACGACAUGUUUGCAGGGGACGACAAUAACAAUGAGGAGGACGAGGACACGCGGAGGGACGAGACGAAGAAGAAGCAGCUCAGGUUCCUGGACGUCGACGAGAUCGAAGGCCAAGAGGCUGACAGCAAGGCUGGCGGCCACGUUGCUGUAGACUUCACUGGCAAGGGCAAGGAGACGGCGGACGUAGAGAGUAGUAGCGAGAGUGGCGAUGACGAGGAGCGCGACCAUCUAAACUCAGACGUCGACGAGGAGAUUGGCGCUGGCGGCAAGAAGAAGCACGCCCCCAAGCUCGACGCCUUCAACAUGAGCGCCGAGCAGGAAGAAGGCCGCUUUGACGAGGCUGGCAACUUUGUGCGCAAAGCCUACGACCCAGAGGCUGUGCAAGACUCCUGGCUGGAAGGCAUUUCCAAGAAGGACAUGCGGCGGGCCAAGGAAGCACAGGACAUGCGCGACGCCGAGCAGAAAGCACGCAAACGGGCAGAAGAUGCAAUCGUCACGAGCGAUGUCCUGUCGGACCUGAUUGCACGACUUGAGGUGGGCGAGUCACCGAUGGAGGCACUGGUGCGCUAUGGCAAGGCAGCGCCCAAGAAACAGAAGCCCAGCUACAGCAAGAAGAAGAAGAACGAGAUGGAAGUCGACGAAGACCCGGCUCAACAGGCGGCCGCAGCCAAGGCAAAGGAGGCGAUCGACACCAUCACGGAAUGUGCAAGCCGUCUUGAGGACCGCGGCAUGGACGACAUCUACGAUCUCGAGCGCGAGAUGAUAAUGCGGCUGUACAAGCGCGACACGGGGGAGGACUGGAAGAAUCCACACGCAGAAGAAGCGCAGUGGGAGUUCCACUGGCUCACGGCGCCAGAAGGCGACAUCAACGGCCCGUACGACCGGGCUACGAUGCAAGCGUGGGAGGCAGCAGGGCAGUUCACGGCUGGGGCCGAGUUUCGCAAAGUUGGUGAGGCGGAGUGGUCACGGCUGCUAGACUUUGACGACUGAGCGGACCGCUGGUGAUUAACGUUUGCAGGCCCCGCGCUCACACAUGGCUGCGAAGUCGCGCCGAUCAGAACAUGGAGCAGCCACAAGGAUGGGUGUCUUGGAGCGCCGCAGUUAUACAGGCUUGUGCAACGCCGGUGCAGGCUCCACGACAGCGGAAGCGCGCGGCCACUUAGGCAGCUGCAACAAUGCAGAGCUGUUCACAACAGAUAACGUGACCUGUAUGCAAUGCAGCUAAGCGAUGUUACCGGUGCAUCUCCAUGCAUGCAGCCAGUCGGAAGGAUGGACAGGGCGAUAGCCGUGGUGAUGGGCGGGAGGGCUGCAGUGGCAGGUUCCAAACACUAGCUGCUCGAAUGAAAAGCAGUUGGGCAUGCGGUGCAACCAGAAUGUCGGCUGGAUGUGACGGUUUGGUAUGCUGGCGCAGGAGGUGGUGGCAUGACGUAAGGUGCCGGUGUGCGAUGC